AUGUUAAAUACCAAACGUAAACAUAAAACAUUAACUUUGGCUGUAAAGGCGGAAAUACUGAGUAAAUUAGACGAAGGCAAACAAAUGUGUGAACUUGCCAGGUAUUAUAAUAUCGGACGGUCUACCAUACAUGACUUACGUAAGAAUCGCCAUAAGAUUGAAAACUACUUGAAAAGUGUCGAGUGUGGAGCUGGUCAAAGGAAGACGUUAAAAUGGAGCAAAUACCCCAGGGUGGAACAAGCCUUGUACGAGUGGUACCUUGAAGAGCGACAACAAAGUACCGUAACAGGUGAGAAAUUGCAGGAGAAGGCAAAAAUAUUGUACAAAGAGAUUAUGUCCAAGGAUGACUUCAAGGCUAGCGAUGGAUGGCUGGAUAAGUUUAAGAAAAGAUAUGGCAUCCGUUUUUUAACAUCUACUACGUCACCCUCACCUACCCCAUCAUCAAUUAAUCUCGUCAAAGUAUUCAUUAUGAAAUUUGAAGAACGAGUCAAGGAGCUAGGUUUAACACCUGAUCAGGUUUACAAUGCGGAAGAAAGUGGUCUAUUUUGGAAGUGGACUCCUCAAAACCAAUCUUCUGCGGCGAACAAAGACCGCAUCACAUUCAUGCCCUGCGCCAACGCUAGUGGUACCCAUAAAUUAAAACUACUCGUGGUGGGUAAAACGGAACACCCAAAUGUAUCUAUCCCCGUCACCUACAAAACCCAAAACAAAUACUGGAUGACAAUGGAGUUGUUCCAUGAGUGGUUUCAUAAUGAAUUUGUACCUGCAGUAACAUCAUUCCAAGAAAAGCAUAGCCUUCCACAAGGGGCACUUUUGGUUUUGGAUAACGCACAUCCCAGCGAUCAAGACCUGGUAUCAAGCGAUGGGAAAAUACGUACCAUGCGUUUACCCCAAAACAUAAGUCCGGAGCUACAACCGAUGAAUCACAAUGUUAUCCCAAUGAUGAAGAGCCAGUACAAGAAGAAAUAUUUGAUGCAAAGCAUGAGCCAAGACGACGAUGUAACCUUAACAGAUGGUGUGUUCAUGUUGGCCGAGACUUGGCAGUCGGUUCCCAGUAAUACAAUAGUAGCCUCGUGGAAGGAAUUGUGGGGUUCACAGACGCCCAACAAUUUAGAAGUUGCUUUAAAGAUAGAAGACGACAUAGGAAUGGAAGACGUAGUGGAAGCGUUGACGGAAUGUAAAACUGAACUAAAUAGUGACGAUUUAAAUGAGUGGCUUCAAGGCGUCGAUGAGAAUCUGUUUAUGGAUGACGAAAGCGAUGGAAUGGAAAUAAAGGUGGAAGAUGAAAGUGAUUUUUCACUGAUGGCGAAAUUGGAAGAACUCAAUGAUGUUAUUGGUAGUUUCAGUAAAUGUGUUAAAUGGGCGGAGGAAAAUGGUGUUUCCUCGGAAGAAAUUAUGCUACUGGUACAUAGAUGGCCCUACUAA